AUGAAACAGCAGAGUGUAGAAACGGAAGAAGAUUGGGGGGACAAGUACGGCAUCAACCCUCCGAAGUGGCUCAACGAGCAUCCAGCCAUAGUUCGGCGAGGUGUUGUCGUCGACCAACUGCUAAGACAUUUUCAUGUGUACCAGACUGCGUGGUUCGUCGAUCCUGGGAUCAUCGUCAAAAUCCCUCGACCAGACACACACGAGAUAUCGUUCUAUCGAGAGCUCCAGAAAGACCCCGAAUCCAGGAAUUACAUCAUGCCAUGCGAGAUCGUUGAUGACGAGAAACACCCGCUCAUGAUAUUUCCCAUUGUCUCUGUGAUCUACGCCCAGCAGCACGCGUUUCGGUGGCCAUGGAGCCGAGUGCUCAAGUACUAUGACGAUAUGCUCCAGACAGUUACAUUCCUCCAUCACAGGCGCAUCGCCCACAUGGAUAUCGCAAUGGACAACUUUCUCUUCUCCGACAAGGACGAGGUGCUGUUUGGACAGCAGAUGCAUGCAGAUCGACCCUACAUCAUUGAUUUUGAGCGCUCUCGUCAGCUUCCUCUCGGCCCUGGCCUUCAGCCUCCCAUCGACUUACCGCCCUCCAUUAUACCGAAACCCGGUGGCAUCAUUCGGCGAGACCCGUACUCUUGGGACAUGUACUGUCUUGGGUGGAGCUUUUAUCACGUUUAUGAGGUGAAUCUUUAUCGCGCAAAGUCACUGGCUCCGAGGCUCGUAACGUGGUAUUUCGAGUGGGUAAGGGGGAAGGCGGACUGCCCUUGUCCAAAGAUAUGCUCUUGUCGACCAGAUGCACAUCGAGCGCGCUACGUGCUCUUUGGAGUCAGGUUUCUCGUCCACCUCCUCGAGUUAACGGACGGAAUAUUCUGUUAUACGGCACGCCUCUUCAGGGCCUAA